UUAGGUCUGUCGGUGGACCUUGAUUGAUUCUGCCCGCCAUCUUCGUUUCCACCCGCAUCGCAACAUUAACUCCAGCUGGAUCAGUUGCGAUUGCGCACUGGCUGUAUAAUUUUCGGCGCACUGCGUUUACUUCAUCUGACCCGUUGCAUAAAAUCGCUGUCUGAACUGCCUUAUUUCUGGGGUUUUGUGAUCUGGUUCCCUUGAAGGGUUUAGGGGUUAAGAGAUCCAUGGCAGAGGUGGAGACGCUCCGCUCGCUGCGUGAUUUCGUUUCCGAAGCUGGGUUUUCGAACAGGGCGGAAUUCGAGUCGAGGUUACAACUCUUGGCUGAUUUUGCGAGGUCAGAUGAUGGUAGACAGGCACUUGCAGCAGCGGAGGCAGUUUCUGGCCUCCUUUCUUUAUCGUCUCUGAUAAUUCCCAGUACUUCUGAAGCUUUUCCCGGAUCUGGGUGGAGCUCGAAGACUUUUAAUUUGUAUGUCAAGCUUCUACGCAAUCUAUGCGCUGGAAAUUCCGUAAAUCAGGAGACGUUUGUAAGAAUUGGGGGCUUGGAAGCUCUUGCACCAGUUGUGCGUAUUCUAGAUGCUGGCUCUUUCAAGGAUGGUGUUGACGUGGCUGGUACCUCUCCAGUUGAGGCAUCUGUGCGGAAUACAGCGAUUGAAGGUCUGCAGAUGGUACUUCAGUUGUUAGGUAAUACAGCGGGGCUUGGUGAAUUGAGUCAGGAAAAGAUUUGGGAAGUUUUCUUCCCGUUGAUUUUCGAGAUUGUAGCUAGGGUUUCAAGCGUAAAGGUACAAGGUCCUUUGUGCAUGGUACUCUUUACUUGCUGUCGACAUAACGAUAUUCGGUGCUCGGAGUUGUCAGAAAACAAAGGGGCUUCCAUUGUUGCAUUGCUGCUCAACAGUGGGGGCGUGGAUGUUUCGAACUCAUCAUCAAAUGAAUGGUUGGAGUUUCUGAUUACUCAUCUUUGCUUUGCAAAACCUUGUUUCCGUGUUCUGUUCUCUGAACUUGGUGGCACAAUAGGGGAAUCCACGGAGAUAGAUGGCCUCCCGGAAACGGCUGUGAGACAAUCGUUCGUUAAGGAACAGGCUGCGUUGCUCGACAUCUUGAAUGCAUCGUUGAGCGCACGAGAGCAGGACCAGCAUAGCGGUGAUCCCUUAUCAGACUCUCAACAGUGGAUUUCAAUGCCUUCGACAUCUGCUUCGUUUUUGAUUGACAUCGUAAGGUGUGCUGCCAAGUGUGCCGCCUCCACCGGCCUUUCCGCUCUACAGCUUCCAACUCAUUCACCGGUAGCUGAUGUCCUAGGUCUCUCUCUCUCCAUGAUAAGAAUACUGUGUGUUUUGGAUGAGAAGAGGUCAAAAAUUCUUCCAGUGUUUGCGUCCAGUGGUUUGAUCCCUUUGAUGCUGGAUCUACUGCGUCCUCUCGGCUCUCCUGACGGCGCCAAAGCCAGCACCACCUCAACUCAAGGUGGUGUUGAGACCAAUUCAAGUACCAGCACUGUACGAAGGAUGGGCUCAGAGCAAUCUUCAUCAAAUGGCGUUGAUGUUUUUCCUAGCAGAGAUGUUUACAUAGGAUACCGUCGGGACAUAGUUGCUGUGAUUGCAAAUGCCAGUCACAGGAGUUUCUUAAUUCAAGAUGCUGUUCGAGAAAAUGGUGGUCUCUUGUUAGUCUUACAACAGUGUAUGCCUGACACCAACAAUCCCUUCUUACGGGAGUGGGGUUUGUGGGCCAUUCGAAACCUGUUGGAAGGGAACAGCAAUAAUCAAACUGAGUUAGCUGAUUUAGAAAUUAGGUCUGUUGUUCCAGACUCGAGGCUCAAAGAAGCAGGUAUGGGUGUGGAGAUCGACCCAGAAACUGGGCGGCCAAGGUUAGUGAAUAUCACACCCAGCACGGAGAGUCCAGCCGUUGAUGAGAUAUUGUAGCAUUUCAUUCUAAGCAUUCUGGUUUUCUCACCUGAGCUUGGAUCUCAAGGUUUAUUCAAUCGAGUGUCACUGUGUUUCAUAGUC